AUGGCGUCCCCCACUUUGGCCCAAAGCCUCAAGUUCGUGACCAUCGACGUCUUCACCCCGACGCGCUUCGCCGGAAACUCCCUGGCCCUCGUGCUCCUCCGACCCGAGGACGCCAAGCAGCGCAUCGCGCGCGAGUUUAACCUCCCCAAGACGGCCUUCUUGCACCUCGCCGCCCCCGGCGACAACGACGGCGCCGACACUGACGACACCGACCAGCUCCGGCUCGACAUCUUCACCCCGCGCGAGGAGCUCCCCUUCACCGGUCACCCCACCGAGAGGUACUACUUCCAGGGGCGACAGCACGUCCUCGGUGGCCAAGACACGGUGCGGCCGCGGACGAGACUGCUGCUGGAGUCCGAGGACCCGGCGACGGGGAGCGCGGCCAGCGCACUGGCCUGCUACUUGGCUCUUUCCGAUUCGGCCGGGCUGGGAGACUGGGUUGCGGAAGGGCGGGCUCUGGGGGCGGAGGAGACUGUGUUUUUCGAGAUGGAGCAGGGCGUCGAGAUGGGCCGGCACAGCGUCAUCCACGUCGAGGUCGAGGCCUACCUGGGCGGGACUGCGGUCAUGGUCAUGGAGGGAACCGUUCGGCAGUGA